GCGAGCCUGUUGCUCACUGUGUUAAUCAAAAAGUUAUGCAGAGGCCAUGUGUACAGAGGACAUCUGGAGGCCUGAUGGAGGGGCGAGGAGCUGUGUGACUGGUGUCAUCACCAGAAUGUGAACAUGUUAUGGAAAUCCCAGAGAUGUCAUAUUACACAAGGAAAAAUAUGACGAUCACCUGUACACUGAAACUAAUUGUAGCUCAGGGACUUUACUGCUGUAACCAGAUAUUGUGACACAGUAUGCUGUCAAAGUCCUGCAACGACACUCACCUUUUUACCUCCUUGGCUCCUGUCCUCUCCGUCAGGUAGUCUUGUCCAGCACUGUGAGCGUAGACGGACACGUCCUGGCGGUGUCUGACAACAUGUUUGUCCACAACAAUUCCAAACAUGGACGGAGAGCACGCAGACUGGAUCCAGGGGAGUCUGUGGAGAAUAGCAUGGAGUACACAACACCAUGUAUCAAAGCCAUCAGCCCCAGUGAAGGCUGGACCACUGGAGGAGCCAUGGUCAUCGUCAUAGGGGAGAACUUCUUUGACGGGCUGCAGGUGGUGUUUGGGAGCAUGCUGGUGUGGAGUGAGCUGAUCACACCUCACGCUAUCCGUGUGCAAACAACUCCGCGACACAUCCCGGGGGUAGUGGAGGUCACACUGUCUUACAAAUCCAAACAGUUCUGCAAAGGAGCUCCUGGCCGCUUCAUCUACACCGCUCUUAAUGAGCCAACUAUAGACUACAGCUUCCAGCGUCUUCAGAAAGUAAUUCCACGACAUCCUGGUGACCCAGAGAAACUCGCCAAGGAGAUCCUAUUAAAAAGAGCAGCAGAUCUGGUGGAAGCUCUGUAUGGAAACCCUCACAGUAACCAGGACAUGUUGCUGAAGCGUGCAGCAGACAUUGCAGAGGCUCUCUACAGUGUUCCCCGUCCUCACAGUCAGCUGCAGGCACUGCCGAGUUCACCUGCCCACGGGAGUGUGAUGGGUCUGGGCUCGUACCCCUCUCAGUUGGGUGUCAGUAUCGGGGAGCCAGGACAGAGCAGCCAAGGUUACAAUCGAAACUCCAGCAGUCUGUCUCCAAGAGGUUACCAAUCAGCCUCUACUCCUCAGCAGUCAGGCUACGGGGGCUGCAGCGGGAUGACUGGAGGCUAUGGGACAGUUCCUAUGACCAGCUUAGGUGUUUCUGGUUUCAACAGUACCUCCCCCACUGGCUCUCCUUACAUCAUGCCCUCCAGCCCCACCAUUCCUGGAAGCUCCAGCUCCUCAUCUUCUCUCCUGCCUUUCUCCUCCUUCCCAUCUUCUGCUAAACAGAAGAGUGCUUUUGCUCCCGUCCUCAGACCACAAGGCUCUCCCUCCCCGGCCUGUCCUGCCUCGGGUGGGAACAGUUUCAGAGGUAGCCACCCAACUCACUAUCUGACUCCGCUGUCUGAACUCACAAAUGCAGUCUAA